AUGGCUUCCGAAUACAGAAUACACAAGCCUUACGUGCUGGCAACGCUGCCGAAGCCUCUGGAUCACACAAAGGGAAACAUUGUUGCCAGAGAAGUCUAUGGCCAGCGGGACGGCCAGAAGAAGCGAAAGCGAACAGAGCUUGUGGUGGGCGUUGAUGGAGAGACAACCAGCAUCUACGACGUCCCUGCGUCGAGAUUGAUCACCUCAUACCCGAUCCCACCCCAGGAAUCGUUCACUAGCCCUCCUUACUCUGUCAGAGUCCGUCGCAACAACAGCAGCGAUGCCCUGCGUUACACAUUCAUAGCAACCACUGACGCUGGGGCUCAUAAAAUCACUCUCUUCAAAGAUGUGGCCCACCGCGACGGAAAGACGACGUCCAACAGCGUAUCCCAAGUCUUGAGCACCUCCGCCGUCAAGUAUCUCACUUGCUCUUCGCCCUCGAACGAAGCCGCAAACAUUGGCGACAUUAUCGCCGUCUGUGAAGAUGGAGAGGUCGUGUGCUUGUCUGGAGAGACGCUGGCUAUCCGUUGGUCUUCUUCAUCCAAAUCAAUGGUUCAGGAUCUAGUGGCCGCCAAUGUCUCAGACUUUCACGUCGAAUAUGCUCUCUCGGGUAGCGCUGCCGAGUUCAACGAAGGACUAUUCAAGAAUCGACCCGAGGUCUUUAGCGCUCUACCAAAGGCUAUCGACUCUCAGUUGGAGCUCGUUGUUCUCAUUUCUAAGAGUAUGAGCCAAAACGUGGAGAGCCGGCACCUAAUCGUUCUGGCAGCCGUGUCCGGCGACUCAUCAGCGUCGGCAGAUGUCCAGCACUUAGUUCCCCUUGACAUUGUGCCAAUCACCUCCAUCGCCAGCCAGGACAACGCCGAGCAGCCUGUUUAUCAGGUGGAUGUGCAGUCCGGUCUUCUCCUUCAGCUUCAAGAGGGUGCCAUCGGCGUCUAUGACCUGACUGGAGCAGUCCCCAAGCUCAAGUCCUCCAUUGAGGCAGAGAAUGCCCAGUCCUUUGCCCGUCUCUUCAAGCCAUUUAUUCUCGCCUCCUCUCUGAACUCUAUUGGUCUGUACAACUACCAGUACCGAUCUGUGCACUCCAGGGCCACGCUAGACUGGUCAGAGGUCCCGACUGAAGGCGAGACGCCGCGAUCAUGCCAACUCAUCAGCUACCUGCGAAGCCAGGAUCUCGUUGUCGCCCUCGUAGAGAACAUCUUGGUUACCAUUCAAGUCGAGCCGCCAAAGAACUCUGGCAAGCGACGAAAGGAAGGCCUCUUGAUCGACUCUAUUGGACGAGGCACAGGCCUUGAGAUCCCAACCAAGAGGGUUAGAUGUGAAGCGGCUGAAUUUUCCAAGCUAGUUCCCGGAACACUCACCGAUGACUAUCUCACCCAAUUCCAGACCGAAACGGAGGCGGCCGAUAAGCUGCUCGCGAAUAAUGAGCUUGGCAAGUGGGAGGAUGUCCUGCGCGGCAAGUUUGGCGUGUCCAAAAAGGGCACAGGGCAGACGAACGGAGAGAAGACGAAGGCUCAGGAAGCCUCUGACUCUCAGGAGUUGCCAGAAUGGGCAUGGUUAUCGAGAACACCAUAUCCGGCGGUGGACCGCAGAUGGAUCAUUUACGCCAUCAGCCAGAUAUUUUCCGUCGACAUUAAGGAGGUCAACGAUAUCACACGGCCUGAGCUGCGUCUCGUCUUGCCCGAGAGCAAUGUGACGACAUACCUGGUGGUCGCCGGCCACCUCACCCUAUCCAACCUGCGAACAGCCUUUAGGGAUGAACUAGCACCCGAAGCGUCAGACAACCGUACCGUGGCGGGCGACUUGAUUCGAUGCCUUGCGGAUGCCGAUCUCUCCCUGACCCUGCUUUUGAACUAUCUGCAGGCAACAAAGCUAGGCGAAGUCGAACUUUUGCUUGCCAUCAGGGCUCUGAUGCUCAGCAUGGACUUGAUUCCCGAGGGGAAACUGGAGGCCACCAAGCUGCUGACGAAUGAGCCGCAUCAGAGCAACAGCACCGGUACAGGCAACAAGGACGACAUUGAGAUGGACCUGGAUGAUUUGGAGCGCAAGAUUGCAGUUACAGAGCACUAUCUCGGCGAUGACUCAAGUAGCCGCUCCCGUGGAUUGACUCUGGCAUUCACCAAGCUGUGGCGUCUGCCUGCAGUGUCUACGGUCAAGGCACUCCGAACGACGGUGUCGACAGACGACAUCAUGUCGCUCAUCUACCUGCUACGAGUGGAGUUGCUACGUGGAGCGUGGACUUCGCUGUACAUUGAUCCUACCAGCUUUGACGCAGAGGGCAAUGAGCCUCCUCCAGAUGGUGUCAUUGCCCUGAUUGCCGACCUCUUGGGCCGAUGCCUGGAUGCGGUGGGAGCCGGCGGGUGGCUGUUCAAUGAUGCCAUCUCUUGGGCAGACAAGGCCGAGACGAGCGACUUUUUGACUGCCCUACGGCUCGAAGUGACUGCCGCACUCGAGGGCAUCGAAGAAGCCGUCUUCUUGAACGGUAUCCUGGGAGAAACCGUGCGAUUCGGAAAUGCGGUGCAGAAGGGCGGUGCAACUAGACAGAAUUGGGGCCCGAACAAGCCGAUCGUCGUCCACUUGGAGAACCGCGAAUCUCGACUGCUGCCGCUCGGCUUGAAGGCGAAGCUGCUGCCUACGAGAGAAAAGGUGGUGUCGGGAGGUGAAGUGGUUCAGCGAAGCAUUCGAGAAACCGGACACCUGAUCAGUCAAAAGGUGGAGGCUUACUCGCUGGAGAAGCUAGCCAUUUGA